CACCCCUGCCCCGUCGCGGGCCGCGGACACAGCCGCUUGCUCGCAGCCCAGUCUCUGGCCGCUGUCCAAGGGCAUCGCAGAGGACACAACAGCUGCCCUGGGCGACCGGCGGGGUCCCAGCAACCACAGGCGGGACGGCUCGCUCUUGAGCACCCCUGCCCCGCCGCCGGCCGCGGACACAGCUGCUUGCUCUCUGCGCGGAUCGUGGUCGCCGCCCAAGAGCAUCGACGAGGACACCACCGACUCGGGCUCCACGGCGGCGGACGGAGAGACGUCCUGCGCGGACACCGAGGAGCUCCAGUCUGGGCCGAGGAGUCCCGAGGUGGAUUGCUGGGAGACGGACAAAACAUGGACAGCCGCGACAGUGGCGAAGGACAGCCCAAUGAAGGUUGCGCUUCCGGACGACUCGAAACAAUUCGCGAGUUCGUUGAAUUUUGGCCUUCCUGCUAAGAAGAAGCCAUUGUUUGUGAGCGCGACUGGUGCCCUCAGGUUGGACAUGCAGGCCCCUUUGAAGAAGAGGCCGUCGCCAUUCUUGCUUGAGAACCCACCAUCCGUCGUACAGUGA